GGGGAGGAGGCUGGAAGCCAGGACUCCUGCAUUGUGCCAUCAGCUGUGCUGCAGGUUUGGUUUUGCACCCACCUGCCGCCCAACCUCUGAUCUCCCGUCUCCAGGGAACAGCGACGGGGGACCCCCCAUGGCAGACCCCGCGCGCCGUGAGCCCCCCGACGGGGGCUGGGGCUGGAUGGUGGUGCUGGCCGGCUUCCUCCAGUCGGCGCUGGUUUUCGGGGUGAUCCGUUCCUUCGGCGUCUUCUUCAUGGAGUUCGUGGGGUACUUCGGGGAGCUGGCGGGGCGCGUCUCCUGGGUGACCUCCAUCGGGAUCGCGGUGCUGCAGCUAGGGGGUCCGGUGAGCAGCGCCCUCAGCUCCCAGUACGGCGCGCGCCCCGUGGUGAUGGCCGGCGGCUUCCUCUCGGGCCUGGGCAUGAUUUUGGCUUCCUUCGCCACCAGCCUGACCCACCUGUACCUGAGCAUCGGGGUGGUCUCAGGGCUGGGCUGGGCCUUGGUCUUCACCCCUUCCGUGGCUUCUGUGGCCCAGUACUUCGCCAAGCGGCGGACCUUCGCCACGGGCCUGGCCGUCUCGGGGGCAGGCCUGGCCUCCUUCGCCUUCUCCCCGCUCUUCCAGCUGCUGGUGGACACCUACGCCUGGCGGGGGGCCCUCCUGGUGGUGGCCGGCAUCUCCUUCAACCUGGUGGCCGCCGGGGCCCUGCUGCGGCCGUUGGAGCCAGAGGGCAAGGCGACGUCCGGAGGGCUGCCAGCCUUCUCCUCCCUCUGCCGGCCACGCCUGGCCUGCCACAGACCCUUCCUCCUGUUCGCUGUGGCCUUCGUCCUGGUGGACGCCGGCUACUACGUGCCCUACGUCCACCUGGUGCCCCACGCCCGGGAGCUGGGCUUCGACGAAUACCGAGCCGCCUUCCUCCUGUCCUCGGCCGCCGUGGCCGACCUGUGCGGCCGCGUGGCGGGCGGCUGGCUGGCCGACCGCUUCGCCGUCCGCCUGGUCCACAGCCUGACCCUCUGGACCGCCCUGACCGGCCUCUCCAUGCUGCUGCUGCCGCUGGGGCAGAGCUACUCCCUCCUGAUGGGCCUCUGCAUCUGCUACGGCUUCUGCGCCGGCGCCCUGGUGCCCCUCCAGUUCUCCGGCAUGGCGGAGAUCGUGGGAACGGGGCGCAUCACGGAGGGGAUUGGGCUCAUGCAAAUGAUGGAAAGUGCUGGCUCCCUCGUGGGGGCGCCUCUGUCCGGUUGGCUGCGGGACAUGACUGGGGACUACACAGCCUCUUUCACUGUCGCAGGGGCUUUCCUCCUCGCUGGAAGUUUGCUCCUUUUUGCCCUGCCAAAUUAUUUCUCCUGCUCCAUGGACUCGACAAUUGAGGAGAAGACCAUGGGGGACCCCUGAGGCUUUAGCUCCUGGGGAGGAGGUUGUCCCAGAGAGCCAGAUCGGAAGUGAGAGGUCAGCAGGAGGGCAGAGCGUCAAGUAUAUGGAUCCAGCCGAUAGGCGUCUGCUUCUUCGCUGACCAUCGUAAGACGGUUGAAGGAUGCAUAAGGGACGGAAGGAGGGAGCUACCCAAUCCAGAUCCACUCCUCUUUGCGAGCUGGUGUCCAGAGCAUCCUAGAUCUUUCAGGCUAGAAAGGACCCCAGUGGCCCUCUAGUCUGACCUUCUGCACGGCCCAGAGAACUCCGGCCCAUAUCUGGCGGUCGAGCUAGCGGGUAGCUUUCGGUCUCGAUUGAAAAGGGCACGCGUGACGGAGAAGACGCCACCACUCGAGGGGAAAAUGGCCCCGCUGGUUAAUUGCCCGACCCGUGGGAAAAAAUUUGCACUCGAUUGGCCCAGCUAGUGAAGGUCGUCUCCUCCCCUUGA